UUUGAUCGACUUGAAAACAAGCUGUUUUUGCUGGGCUCUUCAUUUGAUGGGUUGAUCCAUAAGCUUGCAGAGAUGAGAUCGCUUGUCGACACACAAAAUAGCGUAUGUGUUUAUCUUCGGUACUAUGGCUGUCUUGAGUCAUCUGCCAUUACUACGCCAAUGUUAUGCUCAUAAUGGAGACUGCGGCUAUCUUCCUAGAUAAUAUCAACCAUGACAAAUUAUAUGGAAGAAAUAGUGGAAAAUGGGUCAAGUAAGUCAGCCUUGGAAGUUACUUCACUAUCAUUUGCUCAAAAAACUCACCCUCACUUAAAGCACAUCUCCUUCUCUUUUGACCUAGCAAAUCAAAAAGUCUCUUCUUGCACACCGACUACGACGGCGACGACGACAACGACAACGACAACGACCGAUGCACGACCACAUUCUGCUAGUAUGGAUUAUAAUCAGCAACUACAGAAAGAUGACAAACCGACAGCGACGACGACGGCCGAUGCACGACCACAUUCUGUUAGUGUGAACCAUGUUCAGCAACCACAGAAAGAUGGUGUCGUUUAUGCGGAACUGCGAUGGUCAAUAAAAGAAGGAAGUGGCAGCAACAACAGCAACAUACCCGACAUAAAGAGGAAUUCUGCUCCCCAUAAUGGAGAUAGCUCGGUGGAAUAUGACGAGCUAAGCAAAAGUAAACGAUUAGCCAUCUCUGAGCAGUCAGAGAGUAGUAGUAGUAGUAGUUUGGUGUUCACAGCGGGCAGCAGCUGCUUUGGCGAGAGUGGCGGCUCGAAGUCAUUGGGGGACGCCGACAACAAAAAGAGAAAGCGCCGACAAAAUUCGUCGUCGUCGUUGUCGAGAAAAUCUUCCUUAGCGUUUAUCCUACAGCAAAACCAAGCCGACAGUUAUCCAUGAUUUGUCGAGUGGAUAGCCCAAGAAACCGAGGAAGAUGAGAGGAGAGGCAUUGAUGAGAUGGAUAGGUAUGGAAUCGGCCUGAUAUUCUGGUGCAUAUUGUAUAUAAGAAA